AUGCUCCGCCAAAGCAUCACCAAGGUCGCCCGCCCGUCCACCAGGACCUUUUCCGUCUCCGCCUUCCGCAUGGCCGAGGGCGACACCGGCGGCAUGCCCAAGGGCCUCUCCCAGGCUGACGCUUUCCAGAAGCGCGAGAAGGCCAACGAGGACUACGCCAUCCGCAUGCGCGAGAAGGAGAAGCUCAUGGAGCUCAAGAAGAAGCUCGCCGAGCAGCAGGCUCACCUGAAGCAGCUCUCCGACCACAUUGACGAGAUCACCAAGGACCAGGGCGGCGAGCACAACUAG